AAGUUAGGCGCUCGAACCCUGUCGAAGAUUAGCUGGUCCGAUAGGGCAGUUCCGGGCGGUUUAGCUAGUGACAGCGCCCGCCGACUUGCUCGUAUCUGCAAGGAACCAGGGACCGAAUCGCCGGGAAAUAUCCCCAGACUGCUAGACUCCCAGAUCGCCAUGGCGUCGAUGAUGGCGGCAGGGCCCGAGGUGGCCCCUCUGUCGCUACCGCAGAAGCGCAACCGCGUGCAGCCGGUACAGCCUCUGCAGCUGCAGACGCCGAAGCAGAAGCAGAAGCAGAAGCAGAAGCUGAAGCAGAUUCAGACUCAGAUUCAGGGUCAGAACCAGAGCCAUCUCCAGACGACGCUGCAGCCGCCGCCCGUGCCCGUGUCGCGGUACCGCACGCUGCGCGGCAAAAGCGUGUCGUCCAUCACGCGGCGCCGGGCCUUUGACGUGUACAACGAUGGCUUCGGCCCCAUCAACAGCAACCUGACGACGGGCGACUGCUAUCCGCAGCUCGACUCGCCGACGCUGUCGUCGCCCCGCGUCACUCGCCGGCGCUCCAAGAGCGUGGCCUCGUUGCCCACGCAGCGGCCCAAGUCGCCGAAAGCGUCCAAGGCGCCCAAGUCUCCCAAGGUGCCCAAGUCUCCCAAGUUAUCCAAGUCGCCCAUGUUGCCCAAGUCGUCGUCGUCGUGGCCCGCCUUGCCUGUGUUGCCUGCGUUGCCCUCGUCACCUGCUCCCAGCUGGACGCCGCCGCCGCCGCCGUCCAGGGGCCCGUCGCCCAAUCCCAGCAGCAUGCUCAGCAGUCCCGUGCUUCCCUACGACGAUCCAGGGGUUACAGUGGCUGCCGGGGGGCUCGCGGACAGCGUCUCAGGGUCCCUUAGCAGUCGUCUAGGCGGGUUAGUGCCGCGCGCUGCAGUGGGUGCAGUGGGCCACGGACCCCUGCCGCACCGCCCUGCGUCGCCAUCGCCCGCUAGCAUGGACCGACUCCAGGCGCCAUCGCCCGUUCCGCCCCUCCCAAGACCGCUUGCCCUGACUCCCAAACCCACCGCUGCUCCAGCUUCAGCCGCUCCAGCUCCAGCCGCUCCAUCUUCAGCCGCUUCUUCUGUCCUCGCUCCCAGCCGCAGCCGCGAAGGGCUCUUCAACCUCAGGCCCAAGUCGAAAUCCAAGUCCAAGUCCAGACCCAAGUCCAAGUCCAAGUCCUCCGCGCCGCCGAUCCCUUCCUCGCCGAUCCCCGUUCCGUCGUCGCCUGUGCCCUCGCCCGUCGACGAAGUUGCUCGUCGCAAGGCCUUCAACCUCCGCUCCUUUCGCCUCAACGCAGACACCACCGGCCGUGCCGCCCAGCUCGAGCGCGACAACGCCGAGCGCCGCAGAGACGAGGAGCAGGAAGCCGAACGCUGGGCCGCCGAAGUCGCCCGCCUCGAGGCCGAGACCGACCGCAUCAUCGCCGAGCAGAAGAAACGAGACGCUGCUCGCGUGCGCGCCAAGGUCAAUACCCCCCCUCCCAAGCUCUCCAAGUACCUCAUCUUCGACAAGCUCCCUUUCCUGUCUCGCGGCCGGCGAUCGAAUGCAACCAACAGUCAAAACGGAACGCCGAGCCCCAAGGCGCCUACCGUUUUCUCUCUUGAAUACAACCGUGCCAGUCGUGCCAGCAGCCUCGAGGACUCUCUCACGUCGGACGAGAUGAGUUUUAUAGAGCAGGGCGGCAGGGGCAUUGUACCCAACCACGAUGCUCCCACCUCGGCCAGCAACGGAGGUGAACGACGCGUGACAGUGCGUUGCCUAUCCUCCACCAUCAACCUCCCUGUCACCCCAGAUACCUCACCCGUCGAUGUGCUGUACUCAACGGCGAACCUCACCGCCCAUGACAUCGAUCCUAAAACGAGCGUCAUUGUUGAGUGCUAUGUCGACCUGGGCCUCGAGCGACGCCUUCGUCGCUACGAGCGCAUCCGCGAUGUCAUGAACUCGUGGGAUCGCGACCAGCAAAACUCCCUACUCGUACUUACCUACGACAUCUCCGAGAAUGACGCAGAUGCAGACCUCGAACUCAACUCGGUCCCCCGCACGCCUAAUCCUCCAACUGGAUUUACCCUCCAGCUCUACCACUCUUCCCGCCCCGGCAAGUGGAACAAGCGCUGGAUUACUCUGCUGGAGAGUGGUCAGAUGUUCUCGUCCAAGAAGCCCGAGGCUAAGGCUUCAGACAAGGACAGCACCGUCUUGUGCCACCUGUCUGACUUUGACAUCUACACGCCUCGCGAGAGCGAGGUCAAGCGCCACCUCAAGGCCCCCCGCCGAUUCUGCUACGCCGUCAAGAGCCAGCAGAAGACAGUCGUCUUCCCCAACGGCGAAAACUUUGUGCACUUCUUCUGCGCCGAGGAUGCCCAGCUCGCCCAGCGGUUCCACGAGCUCGUGCAACGCUGGCGCAGUUGGUACCUGGUCACCAAGCAGGUUGACUUUGAGAAGAAGCCAAAGCCUUAUGAGAGGGUUGUGCCCGACAAGCCGCCGCGCAUUUCGCAAAGCUCGUUCCCAACGCAAAAGGGCAACAUCACCAAGUCCAUCAGUACCGUUACCAACGGUUCCCACCGUCUCAAGGUGUCGGUCGACGAGUCCCCAUACACAAUCGGUGCUUUUCAGCCCUUGAUGGACCUGAACCGCUUCGACAAGCCCAUCGAGGACUUCGGCAAGGACUUUGAGGUUGUCCCCCCGCCCAAGCCCAAACCCGUUGUUCAAAAGCCCAAGGUCCAGAAGCCCAAGAUCCUGACCAAGCAGGGAUCCCGCGCCUCUCACACGCCGCAGACGCCACAGACCGGCAGCGAGUUCUCCCCAGGUGGUCUGCUGGGCAACGGCUAUGAGCAGAAGCGAAUGCAGGCUGAGCAGGCUGAGCGAUCUGAGCGGGCUUCUAACGGGUCUCAGAUACAGACCUCUGGGCCCUUCACCGAUGCUCCCUCCCUGAUCAAUAGCAUCGUCACCUCACCUGUCUCUCCUCCCCGGGAGAAGAAACCUGAGCCCAGACCCUGGCUGCCCUCGGCCUCGGAGCAUUCUGCUCGCUCGCGCAGCAAGUCUGUCCACUCCACACAACGAGUACCCAUGGCAGACAACAACGUCGGCGCUCCCAACCCCGGCCUCGCCGCCAUCCCUUCCAGCCUAAAGCAGAAGCCCCAGCCUCUCGUCAACCUCACCAACAGCUUCCCCGAGCCUCCUCGUUGGCGUGAGAGCCAGGGCGGCGCCCACAGGGCCCCUACUUCUGGCGGCCCGCUCAUCAACUUCGCCACCGGCGGACCGGCGGCCACCAUGAGCCCCAUCGGCCCCGGCCUCAUCCGCAGCAGCACUCGUGGCGGCACCCUCCACAACACCAGCAAGGCUCCCCUGACCGGCUCCGUCACCCUCAACUCCAUCAGCACGCCCCCGAUCUCCAGCGCCAACAUCCUGCCCCGCAGCCGCUCCAGCGCCGGCAUGCCGCCACCGUCGUUCCGGGCUCCCCCACCGUCGUUCCGGGCUCCCCCACCUCCGGUCCCGCCGCUGCCCAACCGCUCUGUCCGCCGCGAGAAGACGCAGCCGAUCGAGCCCCCUCGCGGCCGCGACCCCCGUCCCCGGGAGCCGCUCAUCAACCGCGCCGGCUCCAGCGGCCUGUCUAGCAUGUCACGAUAUUAAAGCAGGGAGAGGCUCACCCCCUCUUGCACGAAACGAGACCAAGAGGCCGUUCCGUAACGAGGCCAUGCAGUUCAUGCCCAGAAUUCUUGGAUAUUUCAAAAACUUUCACUUCUCCCUUUUUAUUACUACCACUAUUAUUCUUUUGUUGACGGACGAGGAAUCCAGGGGCUUGCGGACAAAUAAAAACAGGUGUUUUGGUGUGUGUUGGCGGUAAUAGCGCACCGCUGGGGCGAAGGGCGACAUCAGGGGGCCGGCAGUGUUGGAGUAUAGAACUACUCGAGUCGAUGCCUUUGGGCCAUUAUUAUUAUUCUUUCCCCUAUUUUCUUUUUAGAUUAUUUUCCUUCCUC